GCGCUGCAACAUGGCGGCGCCGUGGGGCCGGGGCGUCUCUUCCUGACAGGGCGGCGCGCACGGACGCGGCCGGUGCCGGCCGGGUCGCCGGGCCCUCAGCCUCGCUCUCCUGCUCGCUCGCACCGCCGGCUCGCGGGGUCGCCGGCCCCCGCAGGCCGGGGCCAUGCAGGAAAGCCAGACCAAGAGCAUGUUCGUGUCCCGGGCCCUGGAGAAGAUCCUAGCUGACAAGGAGGUGAAGCGGCCCCAGCACUCCCAGCUGCGUAGGGCCUGCCAGGUGGCGCUCGAUGAAAUUAAAGCAGAACUAGAAAAGCAGAGGCUUGGCGCUGCGGCUCCACCAAAGGCAAACUUCAUUGAAGCCGACAAGUAUUUCCUUCCAUUCGAGCUGGCCUGCCAAUCCAAGUCACCUCGGGUGGUCAGCACAUCCCUGGACUGCUUGCAGAAACUCAUCGCAUAUGGACACAUCACUGGCAAUGCCCCUGACAGUGGCGCUCCUGGGAAGCGGCUGAUCGACAGGAUCGUUGAAACCAUUUGCAACUGUUUUCAGGGCCCUCAGACAGAUGAAGGGGUUCAGCUACAAAUCAUUAAGGCUCUGCUGACUGCCGUGACCUCCCCACACAUUGAAAUCCAUGAGGGCACCAUCCUGCAGACAGUGAGGACCUGCUACAACAUCUAUCUGGCCAGCAAAAACCUCAUCAAUCAAACCACCGCCAAGGCCACCCUUACCCAAAUGCUGAAUGUCAUCUUCACCCGCAUGGAAAACCAAGUGUUACAGGAGGCCAGAGAAUUGGAAAAACCAAUGCAGUCAAAACCUCAGUCUCCAGUGAUCCAGGCCACAGCAGGUUCUCCCAAGUUCAGCCGCCUGAAGCAGAGCCAGGCCCAGAGCAAACCUACGACUCCUGAGAAAGCAGAGCUGCCCAAUGGGGACCAUGCCCAGAGUGGCCUAGGAAAAGUGAGCUCGGAAAAUGGAGAAGCUCCCCGAGAGAGAGGCUUGUCAGUCUCUGGGAUUGCCGAGCCUUCGAGGGGCACUGACAGUGGAGCUCAGGAGGUGGUGAAGGACAUUUUAGAGGACAUGGUCACAUCUGCUGUGAAAGAAGCAGCAGAAAAGCAUGGUCUGCCGGAGCCCGACCGAGCCCUGGGUGCCCUAGAGGGCCAGGAAUGCACUGUUCCUCCUGGAGUUGAUGAAAACUCACAGACCAACGGCAUAGCAGACGACAGGCAGUCGCUAUCCUCCGCAGAUAAUCUGGAACCAGAUGUUCAAGGACACCAAGUGGCUGCUAGGUUCUCUCACAUUCUACAGAAGGAUGCCUUCCUGGUGUUCCGCUCCCUGUGCAAGCUGUCCAUGAAGCCCCUUGGGGAAGGGCCACCAGAUCCAAAGUCCCACGAGCUUCGUUCCAAGGUGGUUUCCCUGCAGCUGCUCCUCUCUGUGCUGCAGAAUGCUGGCCCAGUCUUCAGGAGCCAUGAGAUGUUCGUCACUGCCAUUAAGCAGUACCUGUGUGUGGCCCUUUCCAAGAAUGGCGUGUCCUCAGUGCCUGACGUCUUCGAACUCUCGCUUGCUAUUUUUCUUACUCUUCUUUCAAACUUCAAGAUGCACUUGAAAAUGCAGAUAGAGGUCUUUUUCAAAGAGAUUUUCCUGAACAUUUUAGAAACAUCCACAAGUUCUUUUGAGCACCGCUGGAUGGUCAUUCAGACCCUGACGAGGAUUUGUGCAGAUGCCCAGUGUGUUGUGGAUAUUUAUGUCAACUACGACUGUGACUUAAAUGCUGCUAACAUUUUCGAACGUCUAGUAAAUGACUUAUCCAAAAUUGCUCAGGGAAGAAGUGGACAUGAGCUGGGGAUGACACCGCUACAGGAGCUCAGUCUGAGGAAGAAAGGCCUGGAGUGUCUGGUGUCUAUUCUCAAGUGCAUGGUGGAGUGGAGCAAGGACCUGUAUGUGAAUCCCAACCACCAGGCUACCCUGGGUCAGGAGAGGCUCCCAGAUCAGGAAAUGGGGGACGGAAAAGGCCUUGACAUGGCAAGACGGUGCAGCGUGACAUCCGUGGAGUCCACAGUGUCCUCGGGGACCCAGACAGCCAUUCAGGAUGACCCAGAGCAGUUUGAGGUCAUCAAACAACAGAAGGAAAUCAUUGAGCAUGGCAUUGAGCUCUUCAAUAAGAAGCCCAAGCGAGGAAUCCAGUUUCUCCAAGAGCAAGGCAUGCUGGGAGCAGCUGUAGAAGAUAUUGCCCAAUUUCUGCACCAGGAGGAGCGGCUGGAUUCUACCCAGGUUGGCGAGUUUCUGGGAGACAGCACGAGGUUUAACAAGGAGGUGAUGUAUGCCUAUGUGGACCAACUGGAUUUCUGUGAAAAAGAGUUCGUCUCAGCCCUGAGGACAUUCCUGGAGGGCUUCCGCCUGCCUGGGGAAGCCCAGAAGAUUGACCGGCUAAUGGAGAAGUUUGCUGCACGAUACAUAGAAUGUAACCAAGGGCAAACCCUGUUUGCUAGCGCAGACACUGCGUAUGUCCUGGCGUACUCCAUCAUCAUGCUGACCACAGACCUGCACAGCCCACAGGUAAAAAAUAAGAUGACAAAAGAGCAGUAUAUUAAAAUGAACCGGGGCAUCAACGACAGCAAAGACCUGCCUGAGGAGUACCUGUCCAGCAUCUAUGACGAGAUAGAGGGCAAGAAGAUAGCGAUGAAGGAGACAAAGGAGCACACAAUUGCGACCAAAUCCACCAAGCAGAGUGUAGCUAGUGAAAAGCAGAGGCGGCUGCUGUACAAUGUGGAGAUGGAGCAGAUGGCUAAAACAGCCAAAGCUCUGAUGGAGGCCGUGAGCCAUGCCAAAGCCCCUUUCACCAGCGCCACACACUUGGACCAUGUCCGGCCAAUGUUCAAACUGGUGUGGACGCCGCUGCUGGCAGCCUAUAGCAUUGGCCUGCAGAACUGUGAUGACACGGAGGUGGCCUCCCUGUGUUUGGAAGGCAUCAGGUGUGCAGUCCGCAUUGCCUGCAUCUUUGGAAUGCAGCUGGAACGAGAUGCCUAUGUUCAGGCCCUUGCUCGCUUUUCCCUGCUGACAGCCAGCUCCAGCAUCACAGAAAUGAAGCAGAAAAACAUUGACACCAUAAAGACACUCAUCACUGUGGCUCACACCGAUGGCAACUACCUUGGCAACUCCUGGCAUGAGAUCUUGAAGUGCAUCAGCCAGCUGGAGCUUGCUCAGCUGAUAGGAACUGGGGUGAAGACUCGCUACCUCUCUGGCUCUGGGCGGGAACGAGAAGGGAGCCUGAAGGGCCACAGUCUGGCAGGAGAAGAAUUCAUGGGUCUUGGCCUCGGUAACUUGGUGAGUGGUGGUGUAGACAAAAGACAGAUGGCCAGCUUCCAGGAGUCGGUUGGUGAAACAAGCUCACAGAGUGUGGUUGUCGCAGUUGACAGAAUUUUUACUGGCUCUACCAGACUGGAUGGAAAUGCAAUAGUUGACUUUGUCCGUUGGCUGUGUGCUGUGUCCAUGGAUGAGCUGGCUUCUCCCCACCAUCCUCGAAUGUUCAGCCUGCAGAAGAUUGUGGAGAUAUCAUACUACAACAUGAACCGGAUCCGGCUGCAGUGGUCUCGGAUAUGGCAUGUCAUUGGAGAUCACUUCAAUAAGGUCGGCUGUAACCCCAAUGAAGAUGUGGCCAUCUUUGCUGUUGACUCUCUGCGGCAGCUCUCCAUGAAGUUCCUGGAGAAGGGGGAAUUAGCCAACUUCCGAUUUCAGAAGGAUUUUCUGAGGCCAUUUGAACAUAUUAUGAAGAAAAACAGGUCCCCGACCAUCCGGGACAUGGUGAUCCGAUGCAUCGCUCAGAUGGUGAGCUCCCAGGCAGCCAACAUCCGCUCAGGCUGGAAGAACAUCUUUGCUGUGUUCCACCAGGCUGCCUCUGACCACGAUGGGAACAUUGUGGAACUGGCCUUCCAAACCACAGGCCACAUCGUCUCAACCAUCUUCCAGCACCACUUCCCUGCAGCCAUCGACUCCUUCCAGGAUGCUGUAAAGUGCUUGUCUGAGUUCGCCUGCAAUGCAGCUUUCCCUGACACCAGCAUGGAGGCCAUCCGGCUCAUCCGUUUCUGUGGGAAAUACGUCUCAGAGAGGCCUCGGGUGCUGCAAGAGUACACAAGUGAUGACAUGAAUGUGGCUCCUGGUGACAGGGUCUGGGUCAGAGGCUGGUUUCCCAUCCUGUUUGAACUCUCCUGCAUCAUUAACAGAUGCAAGUUAGAUGUACGCACAAGGGGACUCACGGUCAUGUUUGAGAUUAUGAAGAGCUAUGGCCACACCUUUGCAAAGCACUGGUGGCAGGACCUGUUCAGAAUCGUGUUUCGAAUUUUUGACAACAUGAAACUCCCUGAGCAACAGUCAGAGAAAUCAGAGUGGAUGACGACCACGUGCAAUCAUGCCCUGUACGCUAUUUGUGACGUAUUCACCCAGUUCUACGAAGCUUUGCAUGAAGUGCUUCUCUCGGAUGUGUUUGCGCAGCUGCAGUGGUGCGUGAAACAAGAUAAUGAGCAGUUGGCCCGAUCAGGUACGAAUUGCUUAGAGAACCUAGUGAUAUCCAACGGAGAGAAGUUCAGCCCUGCUGUCUGGGAUGAAACCUGCAACUGCAUGUUGGAUAUUUUCAAAACCACCAUCCCACAUGUUUUGCUGACGUGGAGACCUGCGGGGAUGGAGGAGGAGGUGUCAGAUAGACAUCUGGAUGUGGACCUGGACCGCCAGUCUUUAAGCAGCAUAGACAGAAAUGCCUCCGAGAGAGGACAGAGCCAGCUGUCCAACCCCACUGACGACAGCUGGAAGGGGGCACCGUAUGCACAUCAGAAACUGCUGGCCAGCCUCCUCAUCAAGUGUGUGGUUCAGCUGGAGCUGAUACAGACCAUUGACAACAUCGUGUUCUACCCUGCCACCAGCAAGAAGGAGGACGCGGAGCACAUGGCUGCUGCCCAGCAAGACACCCUAGAUGCAGAGAUCCACAUCGAGACGGAGAAUCAGGGCAUGUACAAGUUCAUGUCCUCCCAGCACCUCUUCAAGCUGCUGGACUGCCUGCAGGAGUCCCACUCCUUCUCCAAAGCCUUCAACUCCAACUAUGAGCAGCGGACUGUCCUCUGGCGAGCUGGCUUCAAGGGCAAGUCCAAACCCAAUCUUCUCAAACAAGAAACCAGCAGCCUGGCCUGUUGCCUAAGGAUCCUGUUUAGAAUGUACGUUGAUGAGAACCGCAGGGAUUCCUGGGACGAAAUACAACAGCGACUUCUAAGAGUGUGCAGUGAAGCACUCGCCUAUUUCAUUACUGUGAACUCCGAGAGCCAUCGGGAAGCAUGGACGAGCCUCCUGCUGCUACUUCUAACCAAAACCCUCAAGAUAAGCGAUGAAAAGUUCAAAGCACACGCGUCAAUGUACUACCCCUACCUGUGUGAAAUUAUGCAGUUUGACCUGAUCCCUGAGCUCCGAGCAGUUCUGCGAAAGUUCUUCCUGCGGAUAGGCCUGGUGUAUAAGAUAUGGAUUCCAGAAGAGCCGUCGCAAGUGCCAGCAGCACUGUCAUCGACCUGGUAGCACUGGCUGCAUGGCCACUGCUGUGGUUCUGUAGAACAUCCGCCAUGCCGUCCCAGCUGGCAGAUGAGGAGCUGCCCACUAUGCUGGGUUUGGACCUGGAGGGCAGUGGCGUGAACCCUGGUCAGCACAGUCCCCAGCGGAGACUCACGGUGUCUCAUUAAACCAUCGCAUACCAGUAACUCGGUGGGCAGGGAGUCCGUUCCACCUGUUCUUGCAUUCCGCUGGCUGACCUGUUAGACCUGUCCUUGUGAAUGCCACCGUUUCCUCUAAGACUGGCCAUAAAUGUUUUGUCAGAGGAAGUCGCUCUCCUGGGAGGCAAUGAGCAUUGCUGUAUAGGUUCCUGUUUAUUAGAGAGUAUGUUAAUAAAAGUCCUUGUAAUAGCUCACAGCCACCUAAGUGCGCUCGGUGUUUUGUUGUUUGACUGUGUUAGAGAAGUCUGAAUGUUUGUGUCAGUUUUGGGUCAGCCUAGAUAAAGAUGGGAAAGACAGAGUGUUCCUUAUGUCUUGUUUUGUAAUUGUUUGAGUGGUUUCUAAAAUAUUUUACAAAGAUAUAUUAUUAAAAAUUUGAUAAAGGCAGAGUUUAGUAGACUUAAGAGCUUGCAAGGUUUUAAGAAAAUGUAGUGCCUCGUGGCUCCCUGGUUUAGUAACUUGGAGAGACAGUCUGUAGGAAAAAGAUAAUCUAAAAAAAGGUGUUAGCCUUCCUUGAAGUAUUUGUGGGUGGAUGUUCCGUUAAAUUUCCCAGAAUGCAUUGCACAUCUUUUUCUGAAAUCUAGACUAUGAAAAGGUGAUGAGCAUGAAGUAACUGACGUAGAGUUGGUUUAUCUUUGAGUAAACCUUUUUAGUUUUUACCUCAGCAGAGUGUUAAUAUGGCUGCUUUGCAGUCCUGCUAAAGGGACCACCAGAGGGAGGGACAGUUUGUACGCCCCUCUCAGCACGCAUCAUGAGUGGGACUGGAGCCCCUGCGGGACUAGCACAGCUGGGCUGUGACAGUGGCAGAGGUGGCACCUAGAGCUUCUGUUAACUUGAGCCAGGAGCUGGGUUCUUUGGCAAGAUUAGCUUCUGGGAUCCUUAUGUUGGUAAUGGUGCCAUGUCCAGAACCACAGUAGAAUGAAAUCUGAGUGCUCCUAACAACCCACAGCAGCCCCGCUAGAAGCUUAAUGGAUUCGGAGCCCAUGAGAGAAAGAACACAGGCUUCCUGGUCUGCCCUCCCCCUCCGCUCACCUGGAGCUAAACUGAGAGGCUAAACUGUGUCAUGAAGCGCAUUGGAAACAGACUUCUGCCUACAUCGAGUCCUACGAAUUGGGGUUGUAUUGAUGUCACUCUGGUGCCUUAGAAGUCAGUCGUCCUUGGGAAGGUGUCUGUGAGACUGGGCCCUUUCUUCUCUCCAGAGCAGGAUGCCUGGUGCUUUUGCUAUUCUCUCAUUUCUGACAGCUUUGGCACAUGCUCGGUUUGGCCAGCAGAACUUGUAUUUGUGCUUUUUUUUUCCCCAAAAGUAUUUUAAUUUCUCUACCAAAGGGGGAAAAUCAAGCAGGCUGAGGUUAUUAUGGCUAACACACCUCAGCCGAGCAGGCUGUGUACCUCGGAGGGAGGGCCUGGGGGACAAUGUUACCGAGAGGAGAAUGUGAGCACAUUUGACUGACACGGCCUGGAACCCGGUACAUCUUUUCACGGCACUGCCGAGAUGUACUCCCUGGUGUUGCCGCUCACAGGCCCUCAGCUGUCGGUGGUUCCUGCAGCUUUUGUUCCUCGCAUGUAGUCAGGGAACAUGCAUGCACGUUGAGUGGGUGCAUCCCGCCUAAGCUGUGUCCCUGACUGGUGGCUUUCCCUCCCGUCAUGUGACAUCCCAUUCACUCAUCUACACUAGCCCAGUGCUCCCAUUGUCCCCUGCCUCCUCUGUAAUUUUUGCCCCAUCCAGGGUACAGAAUGUGUCAGUGAAUUUUCUCCUUGCUGAGAGUCUCAGCUCCAAUCUCGUUAUAAUUUUGUUCUGUAAAAGAUGAACCUUUCCGAGUGAUGUAUUCAAACUGUCUAGCAAUAGAUCUUUUAAAACGAUGUAAAACCAUUCAGGGUAAUUUUUCUUGUCAGUGGCCAGUGGCAUCCCUGACCUCCAGAAAGAAGCCAUGCAGUAUAAACUCCUUGUGGUGAACAAGUCUGUUCAUGGCAAACGUGGCUCGAGCCCACCAGACACCAGCGCAGAGCGGGGGCAGCUGUGUAUCCUCACAUGGGGCCUGCCCCGCUGUAGCACAGGAGCAAUGGUGUAGCGUCUUCCAAGGCCUUACUUUUUUUUUUUUAGAAUGCUUUAAGUGUUGGCUGUAUGUGCUGGGUUCUCUAAAGAAGUUUCUCUUCCCGAGCUGCUGUUGCGAGCAGUUUUGUUCGUGUCUGUUAAGGAAAUCACCAGCUUUGGCAUCUGACCAACAAACAGUGAGUAGGAGACGGGAUUUCCGAUGCGCAUCUUCAGAGUCAAACACACCCUCCCUCGUGUACAACCAAAGAACAGCCAUUAUGAAAUUGUAUAGUAAUAUCUAGAAACACCACUUCCCUCCACCUGUGACUUUUGUACAAAAUUCAGAGAAUCUGUAAAGAACCCCCCCACCCCUCAAAAAAGCCUAAACACUUGUUGUUGUUCUUUUGUGAUUAUGGCUGUACAUUUAGUCGUCUUUCUAGUUAUGAAAAGAACGUUGACACACGUAGGCAUGGCCGCCCCACUCAGGUGUUCGUUGUUACAGUGCUAAUGGAUCCUGGGUGCAGUAGGCGCUGGGUCCUCCUGACCUCUGUUUCACUGUUUGUGGAGCUCACGUGUAACCUGGAGCGCUGUGCUGCCAGUAGCUUUGGGGUUUUGGAAGCAGACACACCAAAGCCGAGCAGCAUAGAGAAUGAAUCCCUCUGGAAACACUUAUUCUCAGAAAAUGACACUCUUCAAACGUGUGGGAUUUUCUCAGUGUUCUAAGUUUUUAAAAAAUUUUAUCUUGCGUAUUUGCAUCAAACAUUUCUUUAUGUGUAAAAUGUAUGUUUUUGCUCUUUAAAAAUGUCUCAGAGUUAGUUACCAGCUUCUUUGAUUUCAUCUAUACACAAUGAUUAAGUGCAUUUAAUAUUGGUAAUUUAAUGAAAAGCAUUCCUUGCCCAAUGGAUGUAAACAUUUUUGAAAGAAUAAAGCAGAAUUAUAUAAUAUGAAAUGCUAUGUAAAGUUUUCUAUGUAAAAAAUAUUAUGUAUAAUACUGUUAAAUACCCCAUGCUUUGAUCAGGUGGAAAAAUCAAUAAAGUUUUAAAAAGUAAA